CUUCAGUCCCCUGGGUCGCGCGCCUUCUUGCCGCUAAGAUGGCGGCGGAACAUCCCGAGCCACCUAAAGGGGAGCUUCAGCUGCCGCCGCCGCCUCCGCCCCCACCGCCGCCGCCUCCGCCGCCGGCCCCCUACGGCGCCUGGGGCACCUCCGAGCUACAAACCAAGCUGGCGGAGAUUGGAGCCCCGAUUCAAGGAAGUCGGGAGGAGCUGGUGGAGCGACUGCAAACCUAUACCCGGCAGACGGGCGUUGUGCUGAAUCGGCCAGUUUUGAGAGGAGAGGAUGGAGACAAAACUGCGCCCCCUCCCCCCAUGGCAGCACAGCUCUCCGGAAUCCCCUUGCCUCCUCCCCCUAUGGGCCUCCCCCCGCUUCAGCCACCACCGCCGCCGCCGCCUCCACCGCCACCAGGUCUAGGACUUGGUUUCCCCAUGGGAGUAGGACCACACCCACCAAAUUUGGGGCCCCCACCUCCCAUGCGAGUAGGUGACCCCGUGGCCCUGUCGGAGGAGGACCGGCUGAAGCUGGCCCAGCAGCAGGCCGCCUUGCUGAUGCAACAGGAGGAAAGGGCCAAGAUGGUGCGGGAGAAGCAGGCAGCUGUGUUACUGGAACAGCAGCAGCAAGAGAUGGCCAAGAUGGGUUCCGCGGUUCCUCGGCCCCCAAUGGCUACUCGAGUUGCAGCUCCUGUAGGUCCCCCACCUCCUGGUGUUCCCAUUGGGGCUCCAGGCCCCCGUCCUCGGGGCCCCCCACCUCCCCCAGGAGAAGAAAACAGAGAGACCGAUGAUCCCAGCGUGGGUCCCAAGAUUCCCCAGGCCUUGGAGAAGAUCCUGCAGCUGAAGGAGAUUCGGCAGGAAGAGCUGAUCUCGGUGCAUGAUGAAGAGGACAUGGAGACCGAUGCAAGAUCAUCCCUCGGGGUCUCGGCUUCAGAGACUGAGGAGGACACCGCGUCCUUAUCCAAAAAAGAGAAAAACCGAAAGCGCCGGAACCGCAAGAAGAAGAAGAAGCCCCAGCGUUUGGCAUCGAACCGGGCCGCCACCGCGGGGAGUCCGGGCGGCCGUGAGAAAGAGGCGUCGCGUCCUCGAGGCGCGGACUCCCCCGCGGCCACAGUGGAGAUCGAGUACGUGACUGAGGAGCCGGAGAUCUAUGAGCCCAACUUCAUCUUCUUCAAAAGGAUUUUUGAAGCUUUCAAGCUGACUGACGACGUGAAGAAAGAGAAGGAGAAGGAGCCCGAGAAGCUGGACAAGCUGGAGAACUCGGCCAUCCCCAAGAAGAAGGGCUUCGAGGAGGAGCACAAGGACAGUGAUGAUGACAGCAGUGAUGAUGAGCAGGAGAAGAAGCCCGAGGCUCCCAAACUUUCUAAGAAAAAAUUGCGCAGGAUGAACCGUUUCACUGUGGCGGAACUGAAACAGUUGGUGGCCCGGCCGGACGUGGUGGAAAUGCACGAUGUGACAGCCCAGGACCCCAAGCUCUUGGUGCACCUGAAGGCCACGAGGAACUCGGUGCCAGUCCCGCGCCACUGGUGCUUUAAGCGCAAAUACCUGCAGGGCAAGCGGGGAAUCGAGAAGCCGCCCUUUGAACUGCCGGACUUCAUCAAGCGGACAGGGAUUCAGGAGAUGCGGGAGGCUCUGCAGGAGAAGGAAGAACAGAAGACCAUGAAGUCAAAAAUGCGAGAGAAGGUUCGCCCCAAGAUGGGCAAGAUUGACAUCGACUACCAGAAGCUGCACGACGCCUUCUUCAAGUGGCAGACCAAGCCCAAGCUGACCAUUCACGGGGACCUUUACUACGAGGGCAAAGAGUUUGAGACUCGGUUGAAGGAAAAGAAGCCAGGGGAUUUGUCUGAUGAGUUGAGGAUUUCCUUGGGGAUGCCGGUUGGACCAAAUGCCCACAAAGUGCCUCCCCCGUGGUUGAUCGCGAUGCAGCGAUACGGGCCUCCCCCUUCCUACCCCAACCUGAAGAUCCCUGGACUGAACUCGCCCAUUCCCGAGAGCUGUUCCUUUGGCUACCACGCGGGGGGCUGGGGCAAACCUCCUGUGGAUGAGACCGGGAAACCGCUCUACGGGGAUGUGUUUGGCACCAACGCAGCGGAAUUCCAGACUAAGACGGAGGAAGAAGAGAUUGACCGGACGCCGUGGGGAGAGCUGGAGCCUUCUGAUGAGGAAUCAUCCGAAGAGGAGGAGGAGGAAGAGAGCGAUGAAGACAAACCUGAUGAAACGGGCUUCAUCACCCCUGCAGACAGUGGUCUCAUCACCCCAGGGGGCUUCUCAUCAGUCCCUGCCGGGAUGGAGACGCCUGAACUGAUCGAACUAAGGAAGAAGAAGAUUGAAGAGGCCAUGGAUGGCAGUGAGACACCCCAGCUGUUUACUGUGCUGCCUGAGAAGAGAACAGCCAGCGUGGGAGGCGCCAUGAUGGGUUCCACCCACAUUUAUGACAUGUCCACGGUGAUGAGCCGCAAGGGCCCGGCCCCUGAACUCCAAGGGGUGGAGGUGGCCCUGGCCCCGGAGGAGCUGGAGCUGGAUCCCAUGGCCAUGACCCAGAAGUACGAGGAGCACGUGCGGGAGCAGCAGGCCCAGGUGGAGAAGGAAGACUUCAGUGACAUGGUGGCCGAGCACGCUGCCAAGCAGAAGCAAAAGAAGCGGAAGGCUCAGCCCCAGGACAGCCGCGGGGGGAGCAAGAAAUACAAAGAAUUCAAGUUCUAACCCUGAAGUCAUCGGCUCCUUGUCCCUAACCUGGACCCUGCCUUUGGUUCCUGGGCCCCGGGCCCUCAAGAUUCCAAGAACUCUUGUUCAUUCCCAUGUUCUUAUUUCAGACCUGUUUUGUAAAUAAAGCUCUUCCCUCCCAGGGAGAGGAUGGAUCGA